CGCCCUUUGUUAAACCCUUGCUCCAGGAGAGGGGAGGUUGGAGCGCUCCGCAUAGGCCCUAGAAAUGGCGACGAGACGAGCCGCUUCUCUCUACGGCCUCCUCCUCCGCCGCCCUCCGCCGACGCCAACGUCGGCGGCGGCGUCGGCGGCGGCGUCGGCGGCGCCGUUCCACCGCCGAGAUUUCGAGGCUUUUUCAUAUGGAACGUGGAGGCAUUAUUCAAAUUGCAAACCUGCAUCUCCAAUUAAGCUCAACAGCUUUAGAUCAGCAAUAUAUCCAUUUUCUACUUCUGCAAGAUCUGAAGUUGGUGAAAGCAAGAUUAGCAUCGGACCCAAAACCAAAGAGCUCGAAAAGGAUGACGAAGAUGCUAAUGUUGUGUACCGAGGACCUAUCUCCUCAACCAUAAAGAAAGUGAAGCUUCUGUCUCUCUCGACGUGCUGCCUUUCUGUCUCUCUUGGACCAGUCAUAACAUUCAUGACUUCACCCGGCAUGAACGUAAUCUUAAAAGGUGCGGUUGCUUCUACUGUGAUAUUCUUAAGUGCUUCUACCACCGCGGCUUUGCAUUGGUUUGUGAGCCCCUACAUUCACAAGCUGAGGUGGCGGCCAGGUUCAGAUAGCUUUGAGGUGGUGAUGAUGUCAUGGCUGGCCACACCAAUCUCGAAGACAAUCAAGUUUGCUGAUGUGGUGCCGCCGGCAACCAACCGGCCGUUUGUUACGUUCAAGGCGGAUGGUAGCUUCUACUUCGUUGAUGUUGAGCAUUUCCACAACAAAGCCUUGUUGGCGAGAUUGACGCCUGAUAAUCGGGCUCAUCAAUCAGCUUUCAAGAACCUUUAAUUGUGGAAAUUGGAUGAUUUUGUUCGACAUCAACUUCGUUUUUUUAUCAAGGCACUUUUAUAUACUGUUGUAAUAAAAAGAACAUAUGUUAUAUCUCGAGGAUAUCUGAACAAGGUACGAACUGUUGUUUUAGUUUAGCAGAACUUUCGGAGAGCUCAAGCCCAAAUGCUGAUUGCCGCGAGGGGAGGGUACUAUUAUGUCUUUUUGGUGUGUCUUUCAUCUAAUUCACGCUGGUUGUCUAUUUUGUUUGCCCGUGCUGAUUAAGCGCGACUGAUUGUUUGAUAAACAUGUUUGCCUUGUUUUAAUGUGUA